AUGGCAGACAUCGAGAAAGGCGGGGACAAGGAAAAGCUGCACACUGCGGCCCAACUGCAUGUCACCACAGUGCUGGCUGAUAACGACCUGCCCGUCGUGACCGACCAUAUCAUGGAUUCGGACGAGGAAGUGCUCGUCGCCCUGGGCUACAAGCAAGAGUUCAAGCGCGAGUUCUCCUUACUCUCGAGUUUCAGCGUGUCUUUCUCCGUGCUGGGCUUGUUGCCCUCAGUGGCCUCUACCCUUCAGUAUAAUAUGGGAUAUGCUGGCCCUGUAGGCAUGGUGUGGGGCUGGGUGGUCGCUGCCACACUAAUUCAAUUCGUGGUGUUGGCUAUGGCGGAACUGUGCUCCUCAAUGCCCACUUCUGGUGGUCUAUACUACGCCUCUGCGGUCUUGGCACCUGACGGUUGGGGACCACUCGCAGCCUGGAUCACUGGAUGGUCAAACUUCAUCGGCCAAGCGACUGGCCCUGCCUCGGUUGACUAUUCCCUGGCAGCUAUGAUCAUGGCGGCUGUUGCAAUGGCAAACGACGAAUUCGUCCCUACCGUCUGGCAGACCUACUUGCUUUUUCUGGCUUUGCUCUUCAUUCAUGGAAGUGUCACCUCGCUAAGUACCAAGUUACUCGCUCGCAUCAACGUCUUUUCAGCUGCGUUUAACCUCAUCGCACUUCUUGUGGCAUAUAUCGUCAUUCCCGCCGCGAGCAUCCAGGUUCCUAAGCUUAACUCCGCACAGUAUGUGUUCACGACCUUCGUCAACGGCACUGGAUGGCCGGAUGGCUUUGCGUUCCUGAUGAGUUGGCUUGCCGUCAUUUGGACGAUGUCGGGCUAUGAUGCACCCUUUCAUCUCGCCGAGGAAGCCUCCAAUGCGAACAUUGCCGCACCCCGGGCUAUCGUGUUGACAGGCAUCUCAGGCGGUCUGCUGGGCUGGUUCCUUAACUUAGUUCUCGCCUAUGUUGUUCAAGAUAUUGGGGCGGUAAUGGCAUCCCCUGUCGGGCAACCUAUGGGAUCCCUACUGCUUCAGGUUCUUGGGCCAUCUGGCGGUGUUGGGAUGUUUUCCCUCGUCAUCAUUUGCCAGGUGUGCAUGGGUCAGUCUAGUCUUACAGCGGCCUCUCGCGUCGUAUAUGCGUACAGCCGUGAUGGUGCUCUUCCCGGAAGCCGUAUUUGGGCCAAAGUCAAUACGCGGACAAAGACACCCGUGAACGCCGUUUGGUUCAUCGUAGGGAUUGCCGCCCUCCUGGGAUUGCUCGCCUUUGCUUCCCCAGUUGCGAUUGGAGCCAUCUUUGCCAUUGGCGCGGUAGCUCAGUAUGUUGCUUUUAUUAUCCCGGUAUUUUUGCGGGUCUUCAUGGUGGGCAAUCGCUUUCGCCCUGGGCCUUGGCACCUGGGACGCUGGAGCCGUCCGAUUGGUUUCGUUGUAUGCUGCUAUGUUGCCCUGAUUACCCCCAUCUUGUUCUUUCCAUCUGCGCCGAGUCCGAUCCUGACUGCUAUGAACUGGGCUUGCGUCGUCUACGGCGGGGCGAUGACGCUCGCACUGCUCUGGUACGCGGUUGCUGCUCACAAGUGGUUCCAAGGACCUAGGGUGAAUAUCGAGCAUCGCAUGUAUGGAAGGGAGGACAUUGCUGCGGUUGCCGGAGAAGUAAACGAGAAAGAAGAAUAA